AUACUACUAUAGAGAGAUAGUGCUAUUAAUUGCACAAAGAAUAGCUGAAGAACUCCUUUUGGUACGUCUCACAAUACUCUCUUGUAUUCCUGGUCUAGAUUUAAUUAUUGAAAAACCAGAGUACAAAAAUCUGGUGACAUGUUGCAAGCAGUGUUUCUGAUGUUGGUGCUAACAGCCACACUCUCUGGAGGUGAAGCCAGGGCCUACACCAACAGCUGGGCAGUGGCAGUGGAGGGAGGAGCAGAAGCUGCUGACCAGCUUGCUGCAAAACAUGGCUUUACCAACUUAGGCAUGGUGAGCCCAGAUCUCCUCAAGGACGUGUACCACUUUGUGAUGCCUGAGCACACUUUACUUGGGAAGAGAAGCCUCAGUGGUCUGCCAGUCUACCAUCUCAGUCAGACUCUGGAGAGUGAGAGCAACGUUGGAUAUGUGAAGCAGCAAGAGCUGAAGAAGAUGGUCAAGAAGGGAUACUCUGUGCCCAGUGACCCACAAUGGAACACUCAAUGGCAACUGUUGAACAAUGGCCAGCUGCCUGCAGCGUCUGGCGGCAGGGACUUGAAUGUGGAGAGGGCGUGGCUACAGGGGAUAACAGGAUGUGGCAGUGUGGUAGCCAUUGUGGAUGACGGGGUGGAGUACACUCACUCUGAUCUGAGAGCAAACUAUAACUCCUCCAUUCAAACUGAUGUGGUGGAUAAUGACGACAAUCCUUUCCCAAUCAUCAAUAGCCGUGGGGAUAGGGAGUCUCACGGGACUAACUGUGCGGGAGAGAUCGCCAUGGCAAAGAGCAACUCACACUGUGGAGUGGGAGUAGCCUACAACAGUCAGAUCACAGGCGUACGGUUGAUAGGACGAAGAGAUUCUACUGACAUCACAGAGGCUAGUGCACUCGGUCACAUGACAGACAAGAUUCAGAUAUACAGCAACAGUUGGGGACCACAUGAUGACGGUAGAGCUGAUGGACAACCUGGAGAACUGCUCUCUCAAGUACUCGAGACAGCAGCAAGAACUGGUCGUCAGGGUAAAGGAACCAUUUUCAUGUUUGCUGCUGGCAAUGGUGGAGAGAUGGGAGACUCAUGUGCUGCUGAUGGCUAUUGCAGCAGUAUCUACACUAUUGGGAUAGGAGCUGCUAAUAGCAAUGGAGAACAAACGCCGUACGAUGAGCAGUGUGCUGGGAAGAUGGCCGUGGCAUUUGUUGAUAGCACUAGUCGAUUCAAACUUGUGACAACUACAAGUGCUGAGGAUACUUGUAUCAAGGACUUUGAUGGUACUAGUGCUGCAGUACCCCUGGCUUCUGGAAUAGUUGCACUCAUGCUUGAAGCAAAUGAUGACCUGACCUGGCGGGAUGUGCAGUAUCUAAUUGCAUACACCUCCAAUCGUGACAUCCUAGUCAACGGGGACUGGUUUACAAAUGGUGCCACUCCAUCGCUGAGGGUCAGUCACAAGUUUGGAUUUGGUGCUCUAGAUGCAGAGGCAUUAGUUACUCGUGCCCGGAACUGGAUCAGCGUGCCCGAACAACAGAUUCACACUACUGUACCUUCAACUAGCAUAGGAUUGGUGCCUGGACCUAACGAUCCGUUGGUUGUUUCACAAAUGUACUCAUCGGACAUCGGUUUUCUCGAGCAUGUUGUUGUGGAACUCACUCUCUCCUUCCCCGAUGUCGAAUACUAUUAUUACUACGAUUAUUAUGACACAACAGAGUCAUUAGACAAUGGCGCAUAUCGAGGCAAUAUUCAAGUGGAGCUCACUUCUCCCUCUGGAACCAGCUCAAUCAUUCUGCCAUAUCGACUUUUCGAUGUUACAUCGGAUACUUACUCUAAUUUUCGGUUUUCAUCCGUUCAUUUCUGGGGGGAGAACUCGAAUGGAGUAUGGAAAAUAACUGUACUAAAUAGAAACAACUUUGAACAUGCUACUGUUGAAGUGACCAUCCAUGGUAUAACAUUUUACGGUACUGACAACACGCCCGAAGCUGUCAGUCGAAUCCCUACUCAGUGCCACGAGAGCUGUGACCCCAACAAAGGCUGUGCAGCGUCGGGGGCUCAGUAUUGCGAUGCUUGUGCCAAUCUACGUAAUGCUAUGACACGGGAGUGUAUCGAUUCUUGCCCUCAGAAUUUAUAG